AUGGUCCACACCCUCCCCUUCGGCGACAUCGAGAUCCCCGUCCCCGGCUUCGGCGCCAUGGGCCUCAGCUUCGGGCUCGGCAACAACCUUACACUAGAGCAAGCGGAGCCCGUGCUGCUGAAAGCCAUAGAACUGGGGUGUACCUUCUGGGACACGGCGGUGGUCUACCAGGCGGGCGUGAAUGAGAAGCUGCUGGGCGAUUUCAUCCGCAAGCAUAACGUGCGCGAGAAAGUGUUCAUCGCCUCAAAAUGCGGCUUCAACGUCCUCAACGGCGGCGACAAGACCGUCACCAACUCGCCCGCGCACAUCCACGCCUACAUCGACGGAACCAUCGAGCGGCUCGGCUUCACGCCGGAUCUGUAUUAUCUGCAUCGUGUGGAUCCGAAAACCCCCCUGGAGCAAUCCAUCCCCGCCCUCGCCGCCCUCCGCGCCGCAGGUAAAACGAAAUACAUCGGGUUAAGCGAGUGUUCUGCUGCGACGUUGCGGCGGGCUUCUGCGUUAACCAGAAUCGACGCCAUCCAAGCCGAGUACUCUGCCUUCGAGACGCUGCACGAAACCGACGGGCUGAUUGAGACGGCGCGCGAGCUGGGCGUUGCGUUUGUGGCGUAUAGUCCGCUGGGCCAUGGGUGGUUGGUUGAUCGGUUUGAGUUUGCUUCGCCUAUGGAAUUUGCGGUUGAUGAUUUCAGGCGCAGUAGUCCGAAGUUCCAAGGCGAGAACUUUUAUAAGAAUAAGCGGAUUGUGGAGGAGAUUCAGAAGCUGGCGGCGCGGAAGGGGUGCGCUGUUACGCAGGUGGCGCUGGCGUGGGUUAUAGCGCAGGGGUUGAUUCCGAUUCCGGGGACGACCAAGGUGCAGCGGUUGGAGGAGAAUUGGCGGAGUCGGGAGGUGGUGCUUUCUUCUGAGGAGGCGGCGGAGAUGCGCCGGAUUGUGGAGGCUGCGAAGCCGGUUGGCAAGCGGUAUGCGCCUGCGCAGGAGGCUUUGGUUGGGCAUUAAUUCUGGGGUAUACGUUUCUUUGAGUGUAUAGAUUGAGGUAUACCAGGAAGCUGAAAGGAAGGGGGGUCUGGGG